AUGGAAGAUUCAGAUAAUAGUUUUUAUUACGAUAUAGCAUCUAAGCUAGAUUUUGCUAAGUAUGAAAUUAAAAUGAUAGAAUAUGGAGGUAAAACAGUGAAGUUAAAAAUAUUAAUAGACCAAGCAGUUAUUAAAGGUCUAAUUCUUUAUCAUAAUAUUGAUUUCCUACUAUAUUCCCCAAAUACUUCUCCAACAAAUACCAAGAAUGAAGAGCUUAGUAAAUAUUUCUGGUACUGGUGUGCAUAUCUAGUACAACAACCAUCUAAAAAACCUGGAACAAUUCAAGCUCGUAAACUAAUUGUUAUGAAUGAAACAAGUAUGUCUAGUGGAGAUUGGAAUAAGUAUAAUGAUCAUUUUAAAUCACUUAUCACAGAAGAUUAUUUAACAAUUGAACGCAAAGGUAUCAAACCAAAAGUCAUAAAAGAUUAUGCUAGGUUUAUAGUAUUAAGUAACGUAGCAUAUUUUAAGAAUUUGGUCAAAGUACUCGAGCACUCUAACAUGCCAAAUAUAAUUAUGGCUUAUUUACUCAGUCUUGAUAUCUCAGAUUGGAAUCAACAAGAUAUUCCUGCUACUAAAAUGAAAACAGAUAUAAU